GACCCGCGCAAGGUCACAAAGCCUAAGGAGCCUGAGGCUGUGCACGCUGCCCCAAGCCACAGUCCGGCCUUUCCAAUAAUGCCUACGGAACAAGUAGAGAGGGGCGCUGAAGAGCAGCCAGGCGUCCGGCCACAACGCCGCCCGUGGACCCCGCCCUUUGGGCCAGCAGGACCGCCCCUAAAGGGGAAGGGGGAGAAAAGGAGGAAAACCACUUCCGGGAGACAGCCGCGAAGAGGGCCAAGCACUUCCGCUCGAAUGAAGCACAUCAACCUGUCCUUUGCAGCAUGCGGGUUUCUGGGCAUUUACCACUUGGGGGCAGCAUCGGCACUUUACAGACAUGGCCGAAAGCUCCUGAAGGAUGUCAAGGCCUUUGCAGGGGCUUCUGCGGGAUCCUUGGUUGCUACCGUCCUACUAACAGCACCAGAAAGAAUAGAGGAAUGUAAUGAGUUUACCUACAAGUUUGCCGAAGAAAUCCGAAGGCAGUCUUUUGGGGCACUAACACCCGGCUAUGAUUUCAUGGCCCGAUUGAGAAGCGGAAUGGACUUGAUUCUCCCUGCCAAUGCUCAUGAGCUGGCCCACAACCGACUGCACGUAUCUAUCACCAACACGAAAACCAGACAAAAUUACCUGGUCUCAAAGUUUUCCUCCAGGGAGGACCUUAUUAAGGUUUGUCUAGCGUCACAGCUCACCAUUCUAUCAAGCCACACAUUUGAGGAGGAACUCGGGAGCACCUGGGCAGCUCAGCCAGUUCUCCUGGCUAGCAGCUUCCUGCCCAUUUACGCGGGCAUGAAACCAGUGGAGUACAACGGGCAGAAGUGGGUGGAUGGAGGCCUCACCAACGGCCUCCCCAUCCUCCCUGUCGGCCGGACGGUGACCAUCUCACCCUUCAGUGGACGACUGGACAUCUCCCCGCAGGACAAAGCGCAGUUGAAUGUGUACGUUAACGUCGCCAAACAGGACAUGAUGCUGUCUGUGGCUAACUUGGUGAGGCUGAACCAAGCCCUUUUUCCACCAAGCAAGAGGAAAAUGGAAUCUCUGUAUCAACAUGGCUUUGGUGACGCCAUUAAGUUUUUACUUAAAGAAAAUUGGUUUGAAUAGAAAGCUUCAAAGUUCAUAAUGCAAAACAGAUUUCACGACUUUUUUUUUCUCAUUUUUAUCCACAUGGCUUUUGAUGGAUGUUUCUAAUUAAAUCCCUUUUUUAAAAAGCCUA